CUGACGUUCAAUUCAGUUGGCACCAUCGGGCGGGAGAUGGAUGCGUACGUGUUUGGCCCUGUAAAAAUAACAAUAAUAGUUUAAUUUAAUGAGGUUUCGAAUAUUAAGAUUUAGUUUUUUACUUUAUGCGUCGCGUCUCGAACGAUUGAUGUGAUUUUUGUUUCGACUAAAAGCUCAAGACUUGAUCCUCAAAGAUGAGCUCCGUCGUUUCAGAGCGGCCUGUGGAUGUGGCUGAGGCAGGAACAGCUGAGAGUGAUUCAGACAGUGGUGUGGGCUCACCAAUGGAGGAGCCUGUGAUUGACAACAACAAGCGCACUGAGGACCAGCAAGAUUCAGAUGAUGAUAUCGCCGUCAGUCGGAAGGGGCGCUCUCGGAAAGCACUGCAGGACAGUGACAGCGACGGAGAGAAGGAAGAAGCAGGAAUGACGAACGCUUUGGUCCUGUCAGAGUCCAGCGAUGAGGAGACGAAGACCAGCGAGAUUGAGAGUGUCAUGAAGAAGAGAGGAAAACGAGUGUCCCGCAUCCCAAUGGAUAGCGAUGAGGAAGAGCAGGAAAAAGCAGACGACACUCGGGUCAAGCCAAAAGAAGCGAAGAAAAAAAGAGAGACGUCGCAAAGACGCAAAGAAAAAGAGAAGCGCAACGUUGCUCUGGUGAAACGACUGCAGGAAAAAACUGAGGAUGCUCUCCCAGUCAAAGCUCUGAAUGACAGUGGUUGUCUGCUCGGAGAUUCUGACCUGUUUGAUGCUCAGUUAGAGGAAGACUCCGAGCAUCAGCUGGAUGAAGAAGAGGAAGAGUCUCUGGAUGCCAUCCGAUCGGCUGUGAAAAAGAAGGCCAAGAAUAAACCUCAUCUGUCGGAGUUCAGUGGAGAUGAGGAACAAGAAAACAAGCCACAACGCAAGGAGCGGAAAGCAGCGAAAGCCAGCAAAGAGGCGAUGAAGCAGCUUCACAGUGAGAGUCAGAGGCUGGUGCGAGAAUCCUUGCUCAAUCUGCCAUAUCACAUGUCUGAACCCAAAAGUAUUGAUCAGUUCUUCAAGAGAAGACCUCGUCCAGAAGGUCGUGGGAUGGCUUUGCUCAAGUCUGCCAAGUACCAGGCUUGUAUUUUAGAGACCACUGCUCCUCCAGAUCAAACCACAGCACCCCAGCAGGACACAAACCCUCCACCAGAAUCAUCUCUGGAUAACCAGACCUCCAUCAGACCAGACACAGCCUCCAGCACACACCAGGAUGGUCCCGCUAAUGAUGGAGAAGCUCAGGUGGAUGAUGAAAUAAUCGGUGACCGACCCAAUCCUGAGGGUGAAGAGAAGAACAGUCCUGUUGAGGAGAAAACAACUGAGAAACAUCCAGAGCAAGAAGAGCAGCAGGUCUCGGUGGAUGCGGCCCAUGCUGAACCUCAGGUGCUCAAACCUCGGAAGGAUAAACUGGCCAGAUUGAGAGAGCUUGGUCUGGAUCCUCCUCCUGUGGUGAAGUUGUGUGCAGAUGAAGGGGCUUUUGUCCAGUUGGAGGCACCUCAGGAAAACCAAGCUCUGAAAGCACUACAGGAGCGCUUCAUGAAGCACUUCCAGCCCGCACCUCGUCCUAAACGAGAGCGCACGUUACAGCUUAAUGUGGUGAGGAAAGACAGCAGUUCAACAGGACAGGAGGAGCUGCACUCUGAAUCCAUCACGAUCAAAGUCAAUGAGGGAGAAGACGAGCCGGUCAAUGUCAAACCAGGUGAGAAACUGGUGCUGUUGAAGUCUCGUUUGCAGCAAGCCAUGGCCAUCCGCAGGAAAGAGGAGCGAGAGAGAAGAGCUGCUCUUCAUCGCCUCGAUAAUGAAGACUGUGAGGAAGAGGAGGAAGAAGAGAUGACCGAGUCAGAGGAUGAAGAGGGUCUUGAUGAAUUGCUGGGAGAUGGUAAUGGUGAUGAUGAUGAGGAGGAAGAGGAAGCAAUGGACAAAGAGGAAGCAGAAGAUGGAGUUUCAGUGAAAACCUGCCCGUCUCCAGGCUUCAAGAGUCCGUCUCCCACUCCAGCAGACACUGACGGCACACUGAUGCUGUUUGCUGGAAGCUCCUGUUCCCGCACAGGGGAUGGUGUGAGAAGAAUAGGAGCAGCUAGCCAUGAAGCUGACAAUAAAAUGGAGGACAGCAGUCACAACAGUAGUUUUGAGCUGAUGGGCUCCAUGAUCACCUCAUAUCAGCCGGUGAACAGAGCUGCAGGUCGAGGCCUGUCCAGCAGUGCUUUCCGCUCUCCGUCUCCCUGCCUAUUCCGAUCCAGCUUUCUGGGCUCGGCAUCAAAGAGCUCUGGUAAGAUGUCUGAGCCGUCCCUUUCCCUGCCUGUGGAGGAUUCCCAGGACCUCUACGCUCCGUCAUCCCCUAGUGAAUCUGCUCUCCCUCCGGCCGGAGACUCUCAGGGGCGCUUCUCCCUGGAGGACGACACUCAAUCACAGCUACUGGACGCUGACGGGUUCCUGAACGUGGGUCCUCGCGGCGGUCCCACGCGCUCACACAAACGCCAGCUCAUACUCGACAGCCUCGAUGAAAACGCUAUGGAUGCUAACAUGGGUGAGCUGCUGGGGCUGUGCUCGGGGGGCUUCGGCACAGGGCAGACCCAGCCCGGAGAUUCUCAGCCUGGGGCGGAGGAUGAGCUGCUGGGGUUGUGCUCUGGAGCUUUUACCACACAGCCUGGAGAGCCUGCUGCUGCUGCUGUUGGUGUUGAUCCCAGGGAGAAAAACAACACUUCUGAGGCAGAAGAGAAUAGAGAGGAGAGCCGUGGAGGAUCUGAGGCGGAUAUGGACCAGCUGCUGGCACUCUGCUCCGGAAAGUUCACUGGAAGUCCAUCUGCUUCUUCACUGAGAUCAGUCACCAGUCCUGCCUUUGACAAGACGUCUGAAACAAACAGAAAGAAGAACAUAAUUGAAGAACAAGAAGAAGAGGAGGAAGAAGAAGAGGCGGACUGUGAGUUUCGGCUGCUGUCAGAUGCAGACAGCCUCAGUGAAAAGGAAAAUGAGGAUAAAUCUGAAGCUGAAGAGGAGGAAACUGAGAAUGAAGAAGAGGAAGAGGAACGGGAAGCAGUGUUUGGGCGACGCCCGGGCAAAAAGAAAAUACGUCUGGCUCAGUUUGUGGAGUCUGAGGCGGAGCUGUCGGGCAGCGAUGUGGGCAGUGAAGACGAGGAUGAGGACGGUGGUGAUGAAUACGAGGAAGAGGAGAUGAUGGAGGAUUUACCUUCAGACGAGGAGCUGAUGGACCAAGUGAACAAAAUUCACAUGAAGCAGAUCUUGGAUGAUGAUAAGCGGAAACUGCGUCUGUAUCAGGAGCGCUACCUCGCGGAUGGAGAUCUGCAUUCUGAUGGCCCAGGACGGGCUCGCAGAUUCCGCUGGAAAAACAUUGAUGACAGCUUUGACUUCGGUGGAUUGGGUCCUGAUGGAGAUGAGGAUGAGGACGAUGAAGAGGUAGAUCAGAUCGAGUUACAGAGACGGAAAGAGCGUUUGGAGAGGGAACAGUGGAUUCGAGAACAGACUGAAGCUCGCGGCAAGAAAGGAGAAGAAGCAGAGGAUGAAGAAAAGAUUGGAGAAGAGGACAGUCAGUUCAUGAAGCUAGCCAUGAAGUUAACGGCUAAGACCCUUCAGAAGAAAGACCCUCCAGCUGUACCUGCGGUAGAGAAAGCGUCUCCCAGCACCAACCAGUUCAGAAAGCCCUUCCAGCCCGCUGUGGUGAAGAGAGGAUCAUUGCUCAGUCAGCCGCGGGCCGUGCUGCAGAAAUUAGCCGGUAUUUCUGACAGCAACCCUUUGGCUCCUCGUAACUCGCGCGGGUUCCUCUUCCAGACGCUGUCACCAGAGAAAGAGACGUCUGCUUCUCAGAAACCCAAAACACAGGUUAAGAAAAGAGGACAGCUGGAGUCGAUCAGUCCUGCAGCGAAGCGUCCGUGUCUCAGCAGCGUCCGCAGACCCGCAGCACCAGCGCGCAGUAUAUUCAGCUUUCUGGAGAACUGAAGAUGCUCUGCAUUCAGUGAUGCUGAAUAUUAAUGUUAAUUAAACGUGUCCGUACUAAAUGCUCUAAUGAUGCGGGAGGGGUGAACCUUUGGCUCUGCUUCUUUUAGACCACUUGUAUCAUGUAAAUACUGUGAUUUUCUCCUAAGUGCUGUAUUUUUAUUUGUUUUUAUGAAAUUGUAAAUUAAAGUGUAUUUUAAAUCA